AUGACAGUCAACGGCGUGAAUACGCUCACCAACUAUGUGGCAUACUCGGAGCCCAACAGCGGCCCGAGAAUUGGCCAUCUCGACUUCGAGACCUCGACUAUCACCCCUCUUUCCUUCAAGUCUGGCACCCCAUUGACAGAUCUUUAUCAAGUGAUCGCGGCCGGCGAACAUGGAAUCACGGCAUUUGGCGCGCAAUCUUUCCCUCUUUCUAGCGUCAAGCACCUCCCCCCAAUUUCAGGUCGCGACGUGCUUGCUGUUGGAAAGAACUACGUCGAACAUGCCCGUGAAUUCAACUCCUCUGGUUACGAUGCCAGUGAUAAGACCGACCAGCCUACGCACCCGGUGAUCUUCACAAAGCGUGCGACUUCCAUAAUUGGCCCAGAAGAACCUAUUCUGUUGCAUCCAAACUUCACCAGCACACCUGACUACGAGGGUGAGAUCGGCGUGAUUAUUGGCAAGGGGGGUUUCCAAAUUCCGGAGCAGAAUGCUUUAGACCAUGUCUGGGGUUAUACUAUCGUCAACGAUAUGACUGCACGCGAGCGCCAGCGUGACCACAAGCAAUUUUUCCUGGGCAAAUCCCCUGAUACGUUCUGCCCAAUUGGACCCGUUGCUCGCCAAGAGGCCACUCUCAGUGAUCUAAUAUUCAGCGUUCCUAACCUGAUUGCGACUAUCAGCGCUGGCCAAACACUACAAGCCGGCGACGUUAUCGCCACUGGUACCCCCGCCGGUGUCGGAUUCGGGUUCAGGCCCAUGAAGUUCUUGCAACCCGGAGAUGAAAUCAGUAUCUCCGUGACAGGACUAGGAACCCUGACAAAUCAGGUUGCUGCAACUGAUGCAGUCAACACCACCUCCGAGCGCGCGCAGUCCCACAUCCCCAUCGCUAAUCAGAAGGCGCCCGCCAAUGCGGGAUUGACAAACUUCAACGGCAAGAAUCUCUUCUAUCAACGACUGGGGGUUGAAACAGGUCCGCCGGUCUUCUUCAUCCAUGGACUGGGUGGAUCUACAAGUUACUUCUAUCCCCUUGUUGCGAAGCUUCAAUCCACACAUUCCUUGCAUCUUCUGGAUCUAGAAGGACAUGGCCUUUCUCCAACAUCGGCACUCAGCACCCUUUCCAUCGCCUCUUUUGCAGACGAUUUCUACAGGCUGUCCAAAUUUACUGGUGUGUACGAGGGCGUUACCGUGAUCGCCCACUCAAUGGGCUCUCUUAUCGCUCUCAAGCUUGCUCUAGAACAUCCUGACCUUGUGUCCAAACUCAUCCUGAUGGGUCCCCCGCCGAGCCCAUUACCGGAAGCAGGCAGCCAAGGAUCUUAUGCCCGAGCCGCUCUUGUUCGAAAGCAGGGAAUGUUGGCGGUUGUUGAUGCAAUCACACAAGCUGGAACUUCGAUCUUCGUUCAACAGAACAAUCCGCUAGCUAUUGCUGCGGUGCGCAGUUCUCUUCUCGGCCAGGAUGCCGAAGGAUAUGCCAAGGCAUGUGCGGCACUUGCUGGAUCCGCUGCCGAAUCACUGGAUAUUAAGAGUCUGCGUAUUCCAGUUUCCUUUGUUACGGGCGAGGAGGACAAGGUCAGCCCUCCGGCUCUCUGUCAGAAGUACUCCGAGGCAACAGGAGGUGGAAAUGUUCGGGUUCUCAAGGAUGUAGGGCAUUGGCAUCUAUUUGAGGAUGUUGAUCGAACUGUGCAGGCCGUUCUGGCGCAGAUUUGA